GGGGUCUGGGGCAGCCCAGCCAUGUGGGUCCAGGGACUGUGUCCACCAUGGCCUGGACUCCUCUCCUCCUCAUGCUCCUCUCUCACUGCACAGGUUCCCUCUCCCAGCCUGUGCUGACGCAGCCUUCCUCCCUCUCUGCAUCGCCUGGAGCAUCUGCCAGACUCACCUGCACCCUGAGCAGUGGCUUCAGUGUUGGAAGCUACUACAUAAACUGGUUCCAGCAGAAGCCAGGGAGCCGUCCCCGCUAUCUCCUGAACUACUACUCAGACUCAGACAAGCACCAUGGCACCGGGGUCCCCAGCCGCUUCUCUGGAUCCAAGGACACCUCGGCCAAUGCAGGAGUUCUGCACAUCUCCGGUCUGGAGCCUGAGGAUGAGGCCGACUAUUACUGUGGUACAUGGCACGGCAAUACUUUCCACAGUGACACAGACAGAUGGGGAAGUGGGACAAAAUCUUAA